UUUCUUUUCUGAGUUCGUGCCGAGUGGAUGCAAAAGCCUGAAGCGUCCUCGUCGCGAGAGAGAGUGUGUUGCGUUUCGUUUAUUUUUUCCUGCCCCGUGUCGUCCACACAACUCCGUGAGUGUGAGUGAGAGAGAAAUAAAGUGGUGUGGUGAAGCGAAAAAAAGGGAAGUGUGUUCGAGGGGCUCACCUUGCUGGUGUAAAAAAGCAAGGAAAAGAAAGAUUUUAGCCCUUUCGAGUUUGAAAGUUGUGCAUGUUUUGUGGGGGACUGUCGGAAAUUUGAAUUUGAAGAAACAAAAAGUUUGGGAUAAAACGGAAAAAUCUGUGCAGAAAUUUGCGUGAAAACGGUGGAAAAGAGAGAGAGAGGGGAACCAUUUGAUUGGGUGUUCCGUUCUUUUCCGCUGAGUGCCCCGUGGUGAAAUUUUGAAAAUUUGUGCAAAGUGGAGAUCUAGCCGGAACAAAAAUGGCCAGCUGUAGGAGGGCACUCGCUUUCACCUCGGUGCUGGUCCUGACCAUCCUGAAAUUGUCCCUCGCACAAACCACAAUCGCCGAUGAUACCGGCGGCGGAGGAGGAACAUCCCCGGCGAGGACCGGGGACGGCACGUGCGUCUGGUACGGCGUGUGCAACGUGGCGGGCUCGCCCAGCCUGCAAACCAGCCAGUAUUGUCCGUACAACGGAACCGCCCGACCGGUGGACGACCGGACGCGGGACCUGCUCCAGGUGUGGUGCAAACAUCUGCUGGUGGACGACGCCGUCACGUGCUGUGACGCACAACAGGUCGACGUCCUGAACCAGAACGUCAAGCUGGCGGCCAACUUCCUGGCCCGCUGUCCGUCCUGCAUGGCCAACCUGGUGCGGCACAUGUGCGACUUUACCUGCAGCCCGCAGCAGUCCAAGUUCAUGGAGAUCAAGGCGACCGAGAUGAACACGGACACCAAGAAAGAAUACAUCACCAACAUAGACCUGCACAUCACCGGUCAGUACAUGAACGGAACGUACGACUCGUGCAGUGCGGUGUCGAGUCCGUCAACGGGACGCCGUGCGCUCGAUCUGAUGUGUGGCUCGUGGGGUGCGUCCAAGUGCAGCGCCCGGAAGUGGUUCACGUACAUGGGCACGACCGAGGGCAACCCGUACGUACCGUUCCAGAUUAAUUACAUCGAGCAUGACGAACCGGUAGUGCCGGCGGCGGAGGAGCAGGAGCUCGUUCCGCUAAAUCCACGGGUUGUUCCGUGCAGCGAAAAGUUGGACGCUAAAACGCCGGCCUGCUCGUGUGUGGACUGUGAGCUGUCGUGUCCGCGGCCACCGCCUCCGUCGCCACCGCCCCAGCCCUUUGUGAUCUACGGGUACGACGGGUAUGCCGUGGUCAUGUUCGUGGUGUUCCUCGUGUGCAGUGGGUUGUUUGUGAUUGGUGCGUGCCUGUGCCAGUCCGGCGGAAAUGGUGCCGAACUACUGGUGGAUGGCGACACUUUGCACGCGGACCUGCGCUCGGCCGUGGGCCGCCGGUUGGCCGGUGGGCUGUCUAAUAACAACAGUGGCGAUUUGGGUGGUACCGAUCGGGAAGAUUCGCCCCUGCAAUCGAAAAGAUCGAGCGCCACCUGGGACGGCGAGCAGGAGCUUCGACCGCACCCCUCGGCAAUCCACGGCGACGACGACGCCGAAUCGGGCUACUUUGAGCGUCUCGGAGCCAAAACGGAAACCGCCCUCGAAAAGUUCUUCACCGCGUGGGGAACGACCUGUGCGAGCCACCCCUGGAUCGUCCUCCUUCUCGGCCUGAUCUUCAUCGUGACGAUGGGCUUCGGCAUCACUUUCCUGCACGUUACGACGAACCCGGUCGAGCUGUGGGCCUCGCCCAAUUCGCGAUCCCGCAUCGAGCGGGAGUACUUUGACGCGCACUUUGAGCCGUUCUAUCGGAUCGAGCAGAUGAUCAUCCGGGCGGAGAAUUUGUCGAACGUGGUUCACAACACCUCGAACGGAGUGAUCGAGUUUGGGCCGGUGUUCAACAAGCAGUUUUUGCUGGACGUGUUUGAGCUGCAGGAGGCGAUCAAGGCGAUCGAGGUUAAGAUUGGGGGGAACAGGACGGUUGGGUUGAAGGACAUUUGCUACGCGCCGUUGAGUACGGAUGAGGCGACGGUUGAGCCGGAGAAUUGCGUGGUGCAAUCGCUGUGGGGAUAUUUCCAGGACGACAUUGAUAACUUUGACUCGGAGGACGACGAUCCGCUGGGAUUCCAGACGAACUAUUUGGACAACUUGGUCAAGUGCUUCGGAAAUCCUUUUAAUCCUGAUUGUUUGGCACCGUACGGAGGACCGAUCGAGCCUGCAAUUGCGCUGGGAGGAAUUCCGGCAACGAAGUCGGCGCUUGACAAGCCCAAGUACGAGCAAGCUACGGCUGUGAUAUUGACAUUCCUGGUGAAGAACUACCACGACAAGAGCAAGCUCGAGGGAGCUCUCCGCUGGGAGGAGAGUUACGUUGCGUUCAUGAAGAACUGGACGAAGGCGAACAUGAGCAUCGCGUUCACGUCGGAGCGAUCGAUCGAGGACGAACUGCAGCGAGAAUCGAAGUCUGAGGUGUCGACCAUCCUCGUUUCGUACAUCAUCAUGUUUGCGUACAUUGCGAUCUCGCUGGGCCACGUCAACCAGUGGAGCCGAGCGUUGAUCGAUUCCAAGGUCACUUUGGGUCUGGGCGGUGUCGUGAUCGUGCUGGCUUCCGUGGUGGCUUCAGUCGGGAUAUUCGGGUACAUCGGAGUACCGGCGACGUUGAUCAUCGUGGAGGUUAUUCCGUUCCUGGUACUCGCCGUCGGAGUUGACAACAUCUUCAUCCUGGUACAAACGCACCAGCGGGACACCAAGAAGCCGACGGAGACGCACGCGGAACACAUCGGACGCAUUCUCGGACGCGUUGGACCGUCGAUCCUGUUGACGGCGGUCAGCGAGAGCUGUUGCUUCUUCCUGGGCGGUCUCUCCGACAUGCCUGCCGUACGUGCCUUUGCCCUGUACGCCGGAAUGGCUCUGCUGAUUGACUUUUUCCUGCAAAUCACAUGCUUCGUGAGUUUACUCGCGCUGGACACGGCUCGCCAGGCGGACAACCGGCUCGACGUGCUGUUCUUCCUGCGAGGAUCGAAAAAAGACAUGCCCACCGGCGCCAACAAGGAGGGACUGCUGUACAAGUUCUUCAAGAGCAUCUACGUGCCUUUCAUCAUGCAGAAGCCGGUUCGCGUCGGCGUGAUGGUCAUCUUCUUCGGCUGGCUGUGCUGCAGCAUUUCCGUUGCGCCCCACAUCGACAUCGGCCUGGAUCAGGAACUCUCGAUGCCCGAGGACAGCUUCGUUCUGAAGUACUUCCGCUAUCUCGGUCAAUAUCUCAGCAUCGGCCCGCCGAUGUACUUUGUCGUGAAGAACGGCCUCAACUAUUCGCACGCGUACGACCAGAAUCUAAUAUGCGGUGGUCAAAACUGCAACCUGGACAGUCUGUCAACCCAAAUCUACAUCGCAAGUCGACGACCGGAGGAAACGUACAUCGCACGCCCCGCCUCCUCCUGGCUCGAUGACUACAUUGACUGGUCAGGAGCGCCAACUUGCUGCAAGAAGCGCACCGACGGCAGCUUCUGUCCCCACACGACAGCUUCGUGCAAGUCCUGCCAGAUGAACCUAACCGAUCUCAACCGACCCAACCAAACCGACUUCCGGCGCUACGUGUCGUUCUUCCUGCAGGACAACCCGGACGAUCAGUGCGCCAAGGCCGGUCACGCCGCGUACGCCACCGGCGUCAACAUCCUGCAAGACAAAACCAACGCAAUCUUCAGCGACGUGCAAGCCUCCUACUUCAUGGGCUACCACACGAUCCUCAAAACCUCAUCCGACUACUACGAAGCGCUCCGUUCCGCCCGAAAAAUCAGCACCAACAUCACCAGCACGAUCCACGCCAAACUCCGGCUGGACGGCCGACCCGAAGCGGAAAUCCAACAGAUCGAGGUGUUCCCGUACUCGGUGUUCUACGUGUUCUACGAGCAGUACCUCACCAUGUGGCCGGACACGCUCAAGAGCAUGGGCAUCUCGGUGCUCUCCAUCUUCGUCGUAACGUUCCUCCUGAUGGGCUUCGACAUCCACUCGUCGCUCGUCGUCGUCAUCACCAUCACCAUGAUCGUCAUCAACAUCGGUGGCCUCAUGUACCACUGGAGCAUCUCGCUGAACGCGGUCUCCCUGGUAAAUCUCGUAAUGGCCGUCGGCAUCAGCGUCGAGUUCUGCUCGCAUCUCGUGCACAGCUUCUCCGUGUCGUUGGAGGAAACGCGCGAAAAGCGAGCCGCGGACGCACUCACCAAGAUGGGCAGCUCGGUCUUCUCCGGCAUCACGCUCACCAAGUUUGGAGGCAUCCUCGUGCUUGGCUUCGCCCACAGCCAGAUCUUCCAGGUGUUUUACUUUAGGAUGUACCUUGGCAUCGUGCUGUUCGGUGCCGCGCACGGCCUUGUGUUCCUGCCGGUGCUGCUCAGCUAUAUCGGUGCCCCCAUCAACAAGGUGAAGCUGGCCAACUACCGGCGGCAGGUGAUGCAGGACACCCAGGAGACGUCACUGUCAACCCGCUGGGAUGAAAGAAUCUUUGUGUUUGAUCACGUUGAAGCCGAUAUCCAUGGCGUGAUGCAUCGCAGAAGACGUUCCAGCGACGACGUCACCUCCCCCAACACCUACCAUGAGAUUGAGAACGAUGAUGAUGACGAAGAUGCGAACGACGACCACGGCGACGCGGACGGCGCUGGCCAAAACUUCCAGCCGCAACCGGGGAGCAGCCACCACCACCACAACGACCACGACCACAACCAGUACCGACAACUGCAGCACCAGCACGAGCUGCAGCGGCCAGAACAGUCCCAUCAACAGCGGCAACAAAACACGCGAGCCUUCGUCCAUUCGGAAGCGCAUCCAGAACCAGCUGCCGAGGAGUCUCUUUUGCGGCACGGGCGGCAGCAGCAGCAGCCAGGGCAGCAGCGGUCAGGGCAAUCUGAACCUGGCGACGUCGCCGGACGGAACGCAGCCCAGUCCGGCCGAGCUGUAGAAUCUACUAGGAGGGGCGGCAGCAGCCAGGUGAUGCUCGACGACAAAUCAGUAGCGGAAGUGGGCGAUAGUGAGUGAGACAGGUGUGUGAGUGUUCCUGGACGUGAGUGGCUGGUUCAUUGCGGACGGGACGGCACUUUGGACGCCUUCCGGGAAGUUUAGAGAAGAUUAAAAUAUAUAUAUUUGAACGUGGCACGUCGUGUAGAACUAGGUAAGGGUCAUUCUGUUUUUGUUGUUCUUUAUUUUGUACCAAAAAUAGUAGCAAACCAUAAUCGUAAAACAAAAAAAAAGGAGAAAGGGAGGAAACGGAAAUCAAUCUUAUGAGAAAACAAUUUCAAACACAAAAACACAGCGAAACAAAGAAGAGGAGAAAAGAAUGUUGAGUUAAAAAAAUAAUUGAAAAGAGACAUUUCUUUAGACAAGCUAGAUCAGUUGUUGUUGAGGGUGACCGAGUGGAGGGCAGGAAGCUGUUAUGUUUGAACAAGAAUUGGAAUGCCGUUGGUUAGGAAACGAAAAACAUUAAACAAAAAACAAACUGUACAUGUCUGUCUAGGGAUUAAUCAAACCGAGAAAAUGAGAAAAAGAAGAAAAAACAAAAAAGGCUAGUUUUUAGUUUUGUAAGGAGGGCAAAAUAUCGUAUAUCUAAAUGUUACUAAAACUGGCUUACCGAUGGAAUCGAAAGGGAGAAGGUGAAGUUCGGACGAGAUAAAAAUCCAUCGGGGAAAGUGGUGGCGAAUGAAAUGUGAGUGUGUGUUGGAAUGCUUUUUUAUUCCUAUAAGUUUCACGAUCAACAACUAUGGUGGAAGUGUUUUCACGAGGUGGAUUGGAGAAAUUUUCAUUUGGAAGAAAAUCGAUUUUUGUUAAAUAGCAUUUUCAGAUCUUUAAAAAAAAAUCACAAAAAACUGAAUUUCCGUGGGGCGGCUGUGAAAUUAUGAGAAAAUAAUUUGUUUCUUUUGAACAUUUUUAAUUGCUUUGGGACAUUUUUAAUCUGUUUAUUAAUCACAUUCGAAAAAUAUGACAUGAGUGGGACGCUUUCUACAAGCUUCUUGACCGUGAGUACGGGAAGUGUUCAAAAUAUGACGUCAAGAUUGUCAUCGACGACUUAAACGCUCAAGUUGACCAUUGACUCAUUGACCUAAAAUUUUAGCCAAUUUGGUUUAUCACUGGAUCCGAUAAAUGAAGUUUCUGUGUUUUCAGAAAAAAAAACGCGUUGCAAAAUUUACAGUUUGUACUACGCGUUGCAAAUUAAAAUUUAAAUGAUCCGUACUGCCGUUCUACGCAUAAUUGUCCCAUGUCAUUUUUGGACGAUUUUGACUUUUUAACAUUUUUAUGUUUAGUUUGAUGCGUACUUUAAGAAAAACACAUAAAAUCUAUUACUUUGUUCGGAAAAUCAUUGAAAACAACAUCAAGUCUGUUUGUCCCAUUGUUAAACUUCUACGCAUAAUUGUCCCACCAAAUAUUUUCUCAUACAAAAUCAAUAGUUUUAUGAAGCAUUAUGUCGUAUUUACCUGUUGUUUAGCAAGAGGAUCACAAAAAACAGUGAUACACUGCUAACUGGGGCGAUUAGGGACACAUAGGGCAAAUAGGAACCCACGAGACAUUUAUGCGUAGAAACACAAAAAUCGGUCGAAAAAUUUCAAUCGCGUUUUUCUUAGUUGCACUUUUCCGAACAUGGGACAAUUAUGCGUAGAACGGCAGCGUAGCUCACUAAAAUAAUGAAAUAUUUUGAUAAUCCUUGCAGAACUGAUGCACUAAUGCAAGGACCAAUUCUCGACUUUUUUUUAUUAGGUCGUAUAAACAUAUGAAAGACAAUAGCUUAUAGGACCUUUUCAACAAAAAAAACUCUGGAAUUAAAAUUCAAGUUGGAUAAUUGUCAGAAAUUUGAAUUUUACUAGAUUUUAUAUUAAAAAAAAGAAAAAUAUGAUACAAUUCAAUUAUUUUGUCUCUUAUUUAGGGUUCCUUUUAUCAUGUUUCGGAUAAUUUGUCGAAUCUAAUAUCUCUAUGCCGGCAACAAAAUUGUGGAAAAAUAUAAUUUGAAAUAGUUUCAAUUUCAAUUCGGUUUUAUUGGUGAAUUAUCAAUAUACAAUAAGUUCUUUUGGAAUACAUAACAGAGUUUUGGAGUUCCUUUCAGCUGUGUGUUACAUCAUAAUCCAUUUUGGAACAAUUGUUGCUUGUAGUUAAGGGGUUACCGAAAGUAAGAAAAUGAUAAGAAAAAAAAACUUACUAAAAUUGCAAGGGAAAGGGGAUAGAAAAAGAGAAAGCUUAAAACUAGAUCACAAUUUUUUAUCCUUUAUAGAUGUGCUUAAUCAUCAGCUCCCCGAGGGCCAGAAAUUGCUCCGCCUUGUUACGACAGGUCCGAAACCGCGUCAUCAUCUCCCCCGCGAGAGCAAAGAACUCCGGCAGGGUGAAGAGAUCUUCCCCGGUGACUCCUUGCUGGGUCGCAUCGCCGCUACCGGCAGCGACCACGCUCGCAAACGAUAAUUUGAAAUAGACUUUUCAGAAACUGUUAUCUUAGUUCCAGAAGUCAUGUCAUUUCAAUAACAAAUACUGUUAAAAUAACAGAAAGUGUUAUGAAAUCUUCUUGAAAAAUCCAUUGUGGCAUAAGGGUUUAAAAACAGUUUAUGUUAUCAUAAAAAAAAUUGUAAUUGAUCUGAUAUUGGUUGAAACCCAAAACAAAAAAGGUUGAAUGGCAAAACAAAAAAGUUGAACAAAAUCUGGAAUUUUGAUAUUAUUUUAUUGCUUUUUGCUUGUUUUUCAGAUUUUCUGCUAUAAAAUGGCAACAUUAUUGAUUGUAAAACAAUGCGUAGAGGCAUAGUCUGGGAAACUAGAAAAUUUACUGCAUAGUUCUUAUUACUUAACAUUUAUGAAAUGUUAGUAAAAAACACAGCCAACGUUGACCUCUAAAACAAUUACAUUUUUAAAAACAUUGGCAAAGUAACAUAAAACAAGUAAAACUCCCAACCCAUAAAUAUUCUAAAAUUUUAAGAGUUCUUCUUUCCAAUGCUUUUUAAAGAUCAAAAAUUGGUUGAAAAUUGAUUUUUGGCGAUUUUUUAAAUCGAAGCCCGUCUAAAUGCGGGGUUGGGUUGUAGAGGUUUAAAUUUACAUCAUUGAAUUAAAAAAAAAUAUUUGGAAAUUUCCCUUUUAUGAAAUCAAUUUUUUAUUGGUUUUCUCUUGUUUCCAGUUUAAGGUUUUGCCUUCCUAUAAAAUCCCUCGAAAAAUGACCCAGACCUAGACCCAACUUUAUUUAUACUUAUCGACUCAGAAUUAAAUUCUGAACAAAUAUCUGUGCGAGUGUGUGAUUUUGUCGGCAUUGACUGAACGAAAGUUGUCCGGAAGUGGUCUACUUGGUCCAGUUUAGGGUCCUACAGCUUGGUAUUGAAAAUUGUGUAAAGUUUCAUUUAAUUGUUUAAAAGUUAUGAUAAAUAAAACUAUUCAGUCGACGACAUAAAAGGGCGAUUUUCAACAUAACCUCAAAUGUCCGGGUUUGAUCGCCACGAAAAAGCCGUGUAGAGGGUUGCCAUUUUCUUCAAAGGUGGUGUCUGUAUUUCUUUGGCAAAAAGUCUGCAAUUUAUUGAAAACGGAUUUUUUUUCAACGAAUCGAAACGACUGUUUCAACGAAAUUACUAUAAAAAAAAUAAGAGGAAGGCACCAAACACCAAAAGGUGAAUUAAGUAACGUUAACUACACUUCUUCUGCGCGAUCACCGAGCGGGGAACGGACACUCUCUGAAAGAAAGAACUAAAAGUUGCCUCAUUUCUACUGCAAACACCAAAAAAAAAAAAAAAAUACAGAAUUUUUAAGAUGAAACCAGUUUGCUGUAAUACUUUUUCAAAAAAUGAAAAUGAGAAAUCGAAAUUAUGAGUGUUUCCGGUUUAUAUGUUCAGUUUUAAUAUUUCAUCGAUCUUUUCUCACUAGAGCCAUCUAUUUGUGAAAGUGCGCAUCGCUUGGAGUGUCAAAAGCGUGGUGAAUUAAAAAUGAUCGUGGCGAGUUUCCAAUUAUUCCAAAUUACCCGAUAAAUUACUGAAUGAUUGAAUUUAAAAUAAGAUUUUCGAUAAGAAGAUUACUAGGUUUGGAUUCAUAAAUUUAAAUAAAUAAUAUUGAUAAAGUUGGAAAGCAUCUACACAAAAAUCCAAAAUAUUGUUAUAUAAUACGUUAUUCAAAAUCAAGCUAAAAUUUUCAUUAUUUUGUUGUUCUUAUUUUUUAACUUUCAUCCCAAUAAAUACCGUAUCAAUAAUUUUAAAGAGCUUAGCUCAAAAUUGAAACCGUUUGUAGUAAAUCUGGAUUCGGGUCGAAUUCAAUGGAAAUAUUUUGGCCUCACAGAUAAUAAAAGAGUUGGGAACCCUGUUUCAAAUUGUUGAUAGUGAUAUUUACAUAGCUACUCAAAGCUGAUUAGCAUGUCAAUAGAGGAGAAAAUCGUGACGUCAGAAAUGAACUCAAAUCACUCAAAGUUCAUUUUGUGAGUGACUUUAACAUUUUGGCCUAGUUUGACAGCUACCUCGUUCCCAGGUUUUCUGUGGGAGAGAAAAGGAGGCGAAUACUUUAUGAAAAUCAUACCUGUCAAAAUUCCUAGCCUCAAAAUUCACGGCAGGUUGUUAAAUAAUUUAAUAGAAAUGUCCUUCGAAGCCGUCUUACAGUUUAUCGCUGGAUUGCAUUAGGAUGAACUUUUCUAGUGAUCUAAAAUUUCUUGGAUUUUGGCAACCAUGUAGUGAAAUAUGGUCACUUAAACAGGAUGUAAUGAAUUUUGAAAAUCUUAAAUAUUAUAUUGGAUUUUUUUUUUCAAAUAUUUAUUUUUCAAUAAAAGGUUUUCAAAUGAGCAAAAUUUCUCUUCCACAACUCGUGAAACACACCUCCUCAACAACUACAAAAUGCCUUACUCCUUUGGUUCCUGCAUAAACAAACAAACAAAAACGCUUUCUGUGCUGGCCACCAGCAUCACUUCUUCUGCGCGAUCACCGAGCGGGGAAGGGACACUUUCUGGAAGAAAGAACUAAAAGUUGCCUCAUUUCUACUGCAAACACCAAAAAUCAAACCCUGGAGACAACGUUUCCCAGAAAGUGCCGUUUCCACUUCUAAUCGCGUUUUUCCCAAGAAUCGCCUAGCCGUAGUGUCGUCAUCGUCAUCGUAAUCAAUCUUUAAGAGGUUUAGUUGAGUGUAUGCGUGCGUGAAGAAAGGGGGGGAGGGUGCGUUAAGUCAACCACUCUCAUCAGCUUAAGUUUGCAGUUUGUGAAUAAAGAAAACAUGCAAGCUUUUCGUGUCCGACCAAAUCAAGCAGUAACAGUAAUCUUACAUUUAUAAUUAUUGCAAAAGUAAGAAAAAAGAAGUGAAAAAUGUACUAGAAAAGUGCGAAUGUGAGAGAGAGAGCGCGCCAGCUGUCUGUGUAGUGAAUUAUUAUUAUCAAAUUAUUAUUACUAUUGAAACCUAGCAAGUGGGAUCUUCUGUGACUUUUAGCAAUCAUUAAAAAGAAAAACAAUUAUCUAAUUAUACAUUUAACUAGCGUGUGGGGGAAAACAGUUGCAGAAUUGAAGCAAGUUAAAGUUUCGUAACUCUAGGUUGCCUUCUCUGAUAUUCAUCUAUUUCUAUAUUUUACGCGCAGCCCCGCCUCUGUGUAGUAAGAAUUGUAUUUAUGUAUACAAGUGUAUAAUUAGCCAGAAAAGGGAAGGAAAGCAAAAAGUAAAAAAAAACUAUUACUAUUAUUACAAAAGUAUGCAUUACUUUAUGUGCUCACACAAUCCGGUCCAAUAGUUUGUUCUAUAUAAUUUGCGUUUACGCUAGAAUCAAUAUGUUAGUUCCGUUUCUUAGUAGAGUUGCGUUUUCUUCUAGUAAGCAAACAUGCAAAAAGGUGAUUCCAUUUAUCGAAAGUAUUUAUAGACAAUAGGAAAACUUUGCCGUGAUUUGUGGAUUUCGUUAAAAUUUAGUGCAGAAAGACUUUUAAAACAAAUGAGUAAGACGCAAGACGAAUCAACGGAAAUUUUCUCCCCCAUUUUAUUUGGCAAACAUUUUUAAUUUCUCUAAAUUUAAGUGCUCAUUAUUUUGUCUCAGAAAAGAAAUGAAAAGUUGCAAUAGCAUUAGUGAAACUGUUGUUGUAAUUUAUAAACCGUGGAAAAAGUGAAGAAUAAACGAACUGAAUAGACAUUUCUAACCUUUUUUUGUUUUAUUUAUUUCGCCCACUCUUAAUUUUUAAGUUUCCAUCUUUUCUUAUUCAACAAAUCUAUAGCUUGGAGAAAGGUGCGUUAAAGCUUGGUGGAAUGGAAAUAGGAACGUUGCUUAACAAACAACCACAAAUGAGAAUGAUGAGAAAGGUUUAGCGAAAAAAACUAGUUGUUGAAAUGCUGAGAAAUAGGAUAUCGAAACCGCUGUAAAAAAAAGAACGUACAUUGCAAUGUUAGGGAAAAUUUUCACACCACACUGUGUACCAGAAAGAGUCUUAUGAAAAGAUAGAGAGAGAAUAGAAAAAAAUCAAGCAAAGUUUGAAAGGGUGCUUUCCUUAAAUCACGCAGAAACGUAAAUAAAACCUUCAAGUUUUGAAAGAGUUUUGGAAAUUCACACACCAACCGAGCUUCGCGAAAGAAA